AUGAACAAAGCAUUUCAUUUGUUUUUGUUAAUGGUUUUAAGUUUUGGAGCUGAAUGGCAAACAGGUUUAGACAAUGUGAUAAAAAACCAACCUUAAUUAACAUUAACGAGCAAUUAUCCAAUCCACACUCAAAUUGAAAUCUUAUUUGAUAAACACUUCUCAGAGUAUGUAUCUCUCUUAAAAGAGUGCCUGAAGUAUUACUCAUGUUUGAACAUGUAACAUUUGAAUCAAUGUUGGACGUCGAUAUAAAUCUGUCAUUAGGAUAAGUGACUAAAUCUGGUAGAAUAUUGAAUCUCUCUUUUUAGGUUUUGAAUUAAGGUAUCGUUUAGGAGGCCCUGCAAGAGUUUAAUAAUUAAAAGUCAGAUGGGUAGCAUUUGUUGAUAAAAAUGUAUAACUCACGUAUCGUGAAUUUAAUUUCAUGCAAUUAAGAGAAAUUCGCUAAGGUAUUAGACUUUCUUCUCUACUCUUAGGUUUUGGUAUAAGAGAAGACAUAUUCACUCAUCCUGUUAAUGCAAACAUCAAAUCCCCUAAAGUUAGUGCUUUUCUUGUUGGAUUUAAAAUUAAUCCAGAAAACGGACCUUAUUCUCUACAAAUUAAUUGUGCUCUAGAUUAAGAAAUGCAAAAUGUCAAUUUAAAUCUUAAAACUAAAGAUACUACUCAUGUUAGAUAUGUCAAAUUAGCUCUUAUUCUUGUAGGAGAAGGAUCUAAAGCCAUUACCAAAUAAGGUGGCAUUGAUUCAAGAGGUUUCAAUUACUUUGAAGUAAUUUUAAUCUUUAAUUUCUCAAGGAAUAAAGCACAAGUGGAAUUAGAAGAAUUGAUUACAAACAAAGUGUUCCAGAUACAUUCUUAACGGCUCCUUAAGACAACAUACUAAGUUAAGGAUUAAGAGGCUUUGAGGCAAAUAGUACAGAAAGUGAACUAAUUUCUAUGAGUUUGGAUAAGUAUCAUGUAUUCGAUGACAAUUAUGAGAUGAACUUUGGCCCAUGUAUGGAGUACUUUUCUAUUAAGAGUGAAUGGCACUCUAAUCUACAGUCUAGAUUUCUCCAUCUUGUUGCACGAACCAACCAAAAUAGAGAAAAUGACAAUGAGUCGUUUACGUAGGAAAUGAGUUUAAUAAAAUAAAUACAAGAUACUGGG